AUGGCGCUCACAUCAUAUGUCUGCUCCAAUUGCAGGCAUUCAUAUGGAUUGAAAGCAUCUCUACGCAAUUUCUCCUCCGCCCGACGCAAUCGAGACGUGUUGCGCCCCGCAACAGCUCCAAAGCCCACGCCGGACGUUAAGCACAUCCGCCAGAAUGCAGACCUCUACGCCCAAAACUGUAUAGAUCGCAACUAUGCAGCCCACGCUGGGUACCCGUCGAAGAUCCAACAGUUAUCAGAGGAAGCCCGACAACUCGACCAUGACCUGAAAACCCCUCGAUCCCGCAUCAAGCAAUUAGAAAAAACCAUCGCCAAACUACACUUUGCGACCCGCCAAGAUACCAGUAAUGGCACCACCAGCGAGAAGAGCCCCAGUCCAAGCGAGGAACUGGCCGCUCUCAAGUCCGAAGCUCAGCGCUUAAAAGACGACUCCCAGGCCAUGACAGACCGCAAAGCGACGUGCACCGAUGAGAUCAAUCGACUAGCCCUCUCCCUUCCAAACCUCUCCUCACCAUUCACACCCAUCGGACACGACCCUAGUCUCGUACAAUACAUCAACUUCAACCCCCACGAACCCCCCUCCUGGACCCGCCAGUCCCCCGCCGAGCUCCAAGCCCGGUCGCACGUCACCAUCGGCACCGAGCUCAACCUCCUCGACUUCGCCAGCUCAGCCACAACAACAGGAUGGGGCUGGUACUUCCUCAUCAACGAAGGCGCCAUGCUAGAGCAAGCCCUUGUUCAAUACGCACUGGGCGUCGCCAGACGCCGCGGCUGGAAAACCGUCGCCCCGCCCUCCAUCGUCUACUCCUACAUCGCCGAAGCCUGCGGCUUCCAGCCCCGCGACCAGCACAACGAGCAGCAGAUCUGGUCCAUCGAGCAGAGCGAGCGCGACCGCAAUACCAAGCCCCAGCGCUCUCUAACCGGCACUGCCGAGAUCCCUCUCGCAGCCAUGUACGCCAACCGCGAUAUCAACGCCGCAGACCUGCCCAUCAAGCUCGUCGGCGCGAGCCGCUGCUACCGCGCCGAGGCUGGCUCCCGCGGCGUCGACACAAAGGGCCUCUACCGCGUCCACGAGUUCACCAAGGUCGAGCUCUUCGGCUGGACGGAUAGUGUAGACGGUGCAACUGGCGUCCCCACCUCAGACGAUAUGUUCAACGAGCUGCUGGACAUGCAGAAGGAGAUCCUUACCUCGCUUCAUCUCCCUUGCCGCGUCUUGGAGAUGCCGAGCGGAGACCUGGGUGCCAGUGCCACGCGCAAGCGUGAUAUCGAGGCUCUUUUCCCGUCUCGACUCCGCGCGGCAUCUAACGCUAACGCCACCCCUGUCGACCCCGAAAUCCAUCAUCUGGAAUCAGCCUGGGGCGAGGUUACCUCUGCUUCUAUCUGCACGGAUUACCAGAGUCGCCGGCUGGCGGCUCGUGUCCGUGGUGGUGCGGCUAAGGACUCGCGGUUCCCGCAUACCGUUAACGGCACUGCUAUGGCCGUUCCGCGGGUGCUGGCUGCGAUCAUGGAGAAUGGAUGGGAUGCCGAACGCGGCGUUGUCGUCAUUCCUGAGGUUUUGCGGCCUUGGAUGGAUGGCAUGGAGACUAUUGGUCAGAAGUAG